GUAAUUCAAAGUUCAGCUUCAAGUUCAAAGCUUGGACUUUCCAAACGUGUAUUUACAAAUAAACAACAAAUGAUUGGUCUUGCUCUAUAUACGUUUUGACACAUUUUACUAAAUUAAUAGUUCUUUUAUUUGCUCGUCUUAAUGUUUGAAUGUGCUCGCUGCGGCCCUGAGGUUCCAUGAGCACCACAGCAUCAGAAGAGAAGCAAAUGUCGCGCUCAGCCUACGAUGUGCAACGGGACUUUGGGCUAAGCAGCGGCCUGCGCUCGGAAAUUAUUUGGGACUCACUGGCCCCAGAUCAGGCGGAAGUGCUGAAACAAAAGAUCGAAAAUCUGAUAUUGGAGAAUGAGGCAAGAUCUGGCAGAAAGGUGGUCAAGCAGCGCGAGCAACUGUUCCGAAAUGUGUGGCUUCAGCGGAAGUACACGAACCGCACCCUGCUCUCGGCCAUAAUCUACGUGCUGGUCACGCCCGAAAUGGAUGCCGAGCUGGCAGUGCGGUCCACCACCUUUACCUGCCAUCCGGUCUUCCGCACGCGCAAGUGCAUGAAGGGCGAGAACAGUGAGGACUGCUGCAUGAUCUUCAUCGACGAGCACGGCCGCGUCUAUGCCAAUUGGGAGAAGUAUGUCUUCGGGAAUACCUUGCCCAAGGGCAUGAUGGUGGCUCCAAGUCGCGGCAUUUACACCUUCACCAACGACGAGGAUGCCGGAGUUCAGCUAAUGGUGCAUCCCACGCCAGCGUCGGGUGCGCGCCAUAGAAUCCUCAAUGUCGGCGACACGGUGGCCACUGUCGGUAGCCUUGUGGCAAGUGUGCCUGUGGCUGCCGCCUUGGCGGUUCCCGUUGGCGGACCCAUCAUUCUGGCCGCCACUGCUGUUGGCGUUGCAACGGCCGCCUAUAGCACCCUGCGCUCGGCCAACCGCCUGUACGAUCGUGUCCGUCAUGGCCAGUCCACUUCCAUCAAGGACAGUGAAGCUCGGGGCCAAUGGCUGGGCGUGGCCGGCGGUGUGGUUGGCCUGGGAGCCACCGGAGCCACCAGACUUCUGUCCAGGGUGGCCGCAGCAGGCACCGAAGUGAACUGUGCCGCUCAGUUCGCCGUAAAAGGCAUCAAUGUGUCAUCUAUUGUCAUAUCCGGCACGGGUGUGGCCAACGGUGUGUACGACUUGUAUUUGAAAGUUGGCGACGAUCAGGCCUUGUCCAAAAUGGAUAUUCUGCAGAUAGCCUCGAGCCUAGUGAUCUUUACGCAUUCCAUUAACAAUCUGCGCAUAGCUUCCAAGGUGAGCAAUAGAUCAACAUUGAUGCGUGCGCUUCGCAAUCAAACCAGAAAAGUCGUUAGGCAAAUCUCGCAAGAGUCCAUAAAGCUGCAUAGCGGCACCGACGCUGGAAAGUUCGACAUUGUGCGCACCUUCAACGAUAUACCCUUCAGGGAGGCGCUGCUCAGCCUGCACAAGAUCAAUGCACAUCUCGUCCAAGGCGCUUCUAUGGUGAGUGCCCUGGGUGCUACUGUGCUGCCCAAUAUUGUCAGUCUGGGCAGUGGCGGACAGGUGCGUCUGAAUCUGGAAAUGCUGGCCACCCAAUUUGGCAGCAAGUUUGUGGAGCACAUAAGCAGUCUGGCCAACUUUACGGACGUGCUGGACGCUCUGGCCCGGUACUUUAGCGAGAGGGCGGUGCAGCUUUUUAUCGAAAUGACGCGCACCUUUGUGGAACAGAAUAUCGACUCAAUUGACCGUACCCUGAACACGUUCGUUUCCACGGAGACGGUUCUCUAUCGGAUAUUAAUGCACUGCGUGCAUACUUACGAUGAUUUUGCUGUGGAAUUCCUUGAGCGCCACCGCCAGGACAUCUUGAACGUGAUCUCCAAGUACUUUCAGUCCCUGCAACCACUCGACGAGGCCAACUGCAGCAGAUACAAGUGUGCCGUCUGCAAGGGCACGUACUAUAUAAGUCCUUUGUGAGUCCUUUAAUUGUUCAGGGAUUUGUCCGUCUGUUAAAUGGAAAUGUGAUCAUACCAAGAGCUUUAAACCUAUGGCGUCCACUGUACAAGUGCCUUGUGAGAUUUUAUUAAUAUUAUCUUUAUUAAGAUUUGUCUGUUUUUUUUUAAUGUAUUUCUAUAUAUUUUGGGUAACAUUUGCCCGUCUUAACAACUAAAUAUUAAUCUACCUAAAU